AUGUCAGAUAAUAGAGCGCAACCCAAAAUGAGUUCUAGAAAAUCGCAUCGGUUAUGGAGAUCUUCCUCAAUAUCACUAGUACUUUUAGCUGCUGGCCUCUGUCUUGCUAUACUUCCCUUAGCAGAUGGUCAUGUAUACCAUCGAAACAGAGCUGCCUGGAAGCCAAAUUGGGAUCCUAACCGACCUGUUCGGAAAGGACCUCCGACGAAAAGAGAUGGAGGAAAACCAUUAAUAGUUAGCAAUAUGUGUCCUGAAACGAUAUGGCCUGGAAUUGGUACUCAAGCAGGAACUGGUGCUGGAGUAGGAGGCUUCCCUCUUCAAACGGGGGAGAGCAAGGCUUUAUCAGUUAGUGCCGAUUGGCAAGGAAGAGUUUGGGGACGUACUAAUUGCAGUUUCGCGGUGGGAGGAAAUGGAGCUAGUAAUGCUAAUGGAAACGAUGGUUCUGGUGCUGCGUGUACUACUGGAGAUUGUGGCGGUCUCUUGGAUUGUGCUAUCACGGGAGAAACACCUGUCACUCUGGCAGAGUUUGAUCUGGCAGGAAAUGGAGGUUCUCAGACUUUUUACGAUAUUUCUUUAGUCGAUGGCUACAACAUUCCUAUGGGAAUUGUCUAUAUUCCGGGUGACGACGCCGCGCUCCAGGCCAUUCCGCCAAACCUGGUGAACGCCGCCUGUAUUGCUUCCACCGGUUAUCUCGCAGCUGUAGCAAGCACAGGUACCAACGGCAACUCCUCCAAUGCCACUUACCCUAUCCCCUUGGAGGAUACGGUGGAUAACACUGCAGCCAUGAGUUGGUGUCCCUGGGAUCUUCAAAAGACGCCACCCGACAAGCCAGGCGAUGGCGUCUACCCUUACCCGGACAGUACGAUCGAACGUCCAACAUUCGAUCCCUGUCUUUCGGCGUGUUCAAAGACCAACGCGCCAUCUGAUUGCUGCACGGGUUCUUACGACGAGCCUACUAAAUGCCCUCGCAACGAUUUCGCAAAUGCGGCAAAUACCAUAUGUCCGGAUGCAUACGGCUAUGCCUUUGAUGAUCAAACAUCCACAUUCGUCAUUCCCACAGGAGGCGGAUGGGAGAUAGUCUUUUGUCCGGAAGGAAGGAGCACGAAUAUUCUUAAGGUGCUUGGGGAUCAGAUGAGAACUUUGGCUAGUGCGGGGAAGGUCACUAAGGAAAUUACGGAGUUGGCCAUGAAUGAGACGUAUAUUAUUGAAAUGGCGAUGAAGAAUGUGGGAGGAGAGGGAUUGAGUGAGAAGGCGAAAAUGGGGAGUUGGGGGGCGUUGGUGGGGGUGCUGUUUUUCCUGCCAUAUACUGAAAGAAGAAAUCCACCCCGCUUAAAUGUUCUGAACAAAGAAUCUCAUUCAUCGGAUCGUCGUCGCAUUGUGGAUGAUGAUGAUGAUGUCGCCAAAACCAAUUAUAAGAAUUUGGAGAAUGAGCGGCGUGAUGGCGCAUCGAAGGCGGAGUUUGUGUACUGGAGGCAUGGUGCGAAAUAUGAGCAUCUGGUAGAGGCGGCCCAAGCGGGCUGCGAGCUUUGCCAGGCUCUGCUAGAGGCGUUGGAUGGGGAGCUGCGGAGUCCUGGGGAAGGAAUGUUGAGUUAUAAAGAUGCGUUGCUGAAGAUGGAGAGAGAUGGGACGUCGAUGGGGUUCGAUAUCUCCAUCGAUUCGGAGGAUAAAGUUUUUCAUGGUUCUAUGAGUCCUGGGAUGAUACCACGCGAUAGAGCGGCUUAUUUGACCGAUAGAUCUGCUGCUGUCGAGCCUCCGAACCAUUUGAUUGCUUUAGGAAAAUCAUCUGCAUCAGCUACACUGAAUUCAAUAACACCAGCACCGAGCCCAGAGAGUGAAAACCCAAAGUCUACAGCGGGGAAGCUAAAACGUUCAAAAACAAAUUAUAUCAUGUCUUACAAAGACAUGAUUCUUGAUCUUCUGACCUUUCAUGUUAGAAGUAACAGUCCCGAUCGGGAAAUUAAGAGUCUUGUUGGUCCUCUGACCUUUUCGUUGCAAGCACCUCGAGGGCAAGCCAAAUUUGUUGGCGCGCUCAAGAUUGGCCACUUUGCCCUUGAUCCUAAUCUUGGAUCUGAAACCAACUUGAGUAUCGCGCGGGAUUGGAUUGCAACUUGCAGUGAGAAACACAACGAAUGUCCUCGAAUUGAGGAUAAGCCACUCCCUUCGAGGGUGAUAAAUGUUGGCUCAGACGACAGAGAACCAUUCCUCGUCUCGACAAAUCGUGGAAAUGGCAAGUUCAUAGCACUCAGCCACUGUUGGGGAGGGUCAGUAGUGGAGGAAGCGAAAUUGACCUCAGACACAGCCGAAUCUUUCAAGAACACGAUCCCAAUGACCAGCUUGCCAGCGAACUUCGUAGAUGCAAUCUUAAUCACGCGAGAUCUUGGGUUCAAGUAUCUAUGGAUCGACUGUUUAUGUAUCAUGCAAGACUCACACGAAGACUGGGACGUGGAGUCCAAACACAUGGGAAACAUCUACCGCGACGCCAUCGUAACACUUGCAGCAGCCGCCGCAUCCAAAGCCACAGAUGGCAUGCUGCACACAUUUUCCACCUAUGAUCUCAACGGCGGUCCAUCCAUCAAGCUCAAACUAUCCACAAACAGCAGUUCCCACGAUCACAUCGAUAUAGUCAGACGAGAUGCCACUCGCGAAGACCUCGGACACCUCCUACGCAACGGACCCCUCGCCAACCGCGGCUGGACCCUCCAGGAAGAAAUCCUCUCUCCUCGCACCCUGUACUACGGCUCCCAACAAAUCCACUGGCAAUGUCUUCACCACUAUUCCUCGGCCGACGGCAUCCACGACUACGAUGUUCAUUGGAAACGCGCGUUUAGAUAUGAACGUAUCAAAGAUCGAAUAUUCAAACAAACGCAGGGUCCAGACCAAGACCCUAGCUCCCCAAAGAACAUCACCCAGAUACUCAUGGAAUAUCAUGAUCAAAUGGUCGUAGACUAUUGUACACGCAGUCUUACAUAUCCAUCGGAUAAAUUCCCGGCCUUCUCGGGUAUUGCGUCAUUAGUGCAUGGUGAGCUGAGACAUGGAGGAUAUCUGGAUUCGGUAUAUCUGGCUGGGAUAUGGAGUAGUCAUCUUCGCGAAGGAAUGAUAUGGUAUUUUGGGCACGAAGCCACAUCCCACACAACCAAUUCUGAGCCAUCGAAUUCCAUAAUUCCUUCAUGGUCUUGGGCCACAGUAAACGGCGCAAUCCACAAUUUCUUUAACAAGAUCCUCGUCCCCACUCCUCUCGACCCUACACUCCUUUCCCACAAUAUCGUCCCCGCGAGCAUGAAUCCCUAUGGCGCGAUUAAAAGCGUAGAGUUGGUCGUUGAUGGAUACACAUUACCCAUGCGCGUAGCAGAUCACGGGAUAAAAUCCCCUACAUCGGGAGAUGUGUUUUGGGAUCCGGAUGCGGAGAUGUCAGAGGGGUGGGGCAGGAAAAGCCAUGUCUGGCUGGUGCAGAGAUCAGGGGGAGACUCGUGGUUAUUGGUUAAAGGGGGUGGGGCCGGUGAUGAGAAGGGAAAGAAAGAGAAAGCCACAGCCACAACGGGGAAUUUCAAACGACUGCCAUAUAAAGUGCUCUUCAUAGCAUCACACACAAGAUAUGCAUUUGGCCUGGUUCUCAAAAGUAUCAAUGGGACCAAUGCAAAUGCAGAUGCAAAUGUAGAUACAGAUACGAAAACAAAUCAAGGAUAUGACGAUGAUAAGGAAGAUACACCCAAGACGACUUCGCCUACUGCGUCUCAAUCUCAAGUCGAAGAUCCUGGUGAUAUGGAAAGAGGUAACAUCACAGAAACCCCCACCAGUACCAAUCUACAAGCUGAAGCUCAAGAACCAGGGCCAGACACCGAAAUACAUACCUAUCGCCGCAUAGGACUCAUAAAACUCCAAUUGAAGGUUGCUACGAAAAAGUGGAAUCUGGAUCGAUUCAGAUGGUUGGAUAUGAAAUGGGAACGGGAAAAAAUGCGACUUGUCUGA